AUGGCGGAUCAUCAAGAGAGUUCUGAAGUUCAAAGCAACCAAGAACUGCAGGGACCAACGACAUCGAAUGAUCAGGAGAUAAACAGGUUGACCUCGGACGAGCAUGACAUUUCCUUGAAGAUGGAAAGAGCCAGGGAAGCUAACAGGACUUAUUCGAGGCUCGAGCCUAAGCCUGAGAGACAGGAAAUUUGGGCUUGGUAUGCAUAUGAACUCUGCUCUUACUUCGUUCAUACAGCUCUUAUACCUAUAGUGUUUUCUCUCAUCAUCGGUCAAAUUGUUGAUUUACCUUCUGAGCCACCUCGGGGAUGGAGUAAGAGCAACAAGGGCUUGACUUGCAAGAUCAGUGAAAUGCAACUGUACGAGCGACUUACACGUCGUUCAAUACCGAUUGGCGAUUCAAAAGUCUCCCCGUUGGAGUGGACUUCGAUCUCUUGGGCAAUCGGCCUAAUUCUGGCUGGCCCCGCUCUCCGUUUCAUUUCCAUCAAACUUGACCACGGCCGGAACCAGCAAGUCAUUGCUGGAGCUGCAAUAGCCAUCGGGUCAUUCUUUUGCCUACCGGUUGGGUUCUUCAAAGUCACAUGGAUCUUCCCGCUAUAUAUUGCUCCAAUCGUGGUUGCCAUGACCGUGGCUACUGCCUCCCACACCCGCCAUCAUGGCCUGAUGAUCCGAGGCUUCACAGGACCGAUCCUUCAAAGACAUCAAUUCCCAGUUAGAAGAGGUGUCUCGAGUUGGCUGUCGUUCUAUGCAACCGCUGCUGGUUGCCUGGGUUCAGCUGUGAUAGCAGCAUUUGUGUAUUAUAUGCUUCGAAUUCGUGACACAUUUACCGGCCUGUGGGUUGUCUCCAUUUUUAGUGGACUCAAAUGGCUAGCUGGAAUAGUUCACGUACUUACCUUAAGGCAUGGGGCAACCGUUUCCUCUACUCUACCAAAAGACCAUUUUCUCACCGUUUUUAAGUAUCAUCAUGGAGUUGGAAGCCUCAUAGUUGUUGGUCUUUCAUCAUUCACAUCAAUGUGCAUUUUCACGGGAGGGCUACUCUAUUUAGUCGGCGAACUCUGCCUCAAGCCUGUGUUCUUGCUCUACUUCUGGCUGAUUUAUUUCAUUUUCCCCUCGGUUUCUCUGCCAUUAUUGCAACCGCUUCAGCUUGCCUUAAAGACAAAUGCUGUGAAAAUGCAUCUACUUGGACUCAUCUUAUCACUAAUAACUUCAGGGACAGGUUUCCAUUUUCGGAAUGACAACUGGCAGAAACAUCACAUCCUGAUUUUCGCCGCACUGCAAAGCACGUCGACAGGAGUCUUGCAUGCCUUCGGACGAGUUUUACUGACUGACUGUUCACCAGUCGGGAAAGAAGGUGCGUUUGCAAUCUGGUACUCUUGGGUGAAAAUGGUGGGAACUUGUUUAGGCUUUGCGCUAGCGUCAGGAGCAGCCGCUGGAAACGUCGGAACUUCCUUCGGAAUCGCGUUCUGCACCGCCGCUGGUGCGAUGUUAAUCUCAAUUUAUGGGAACAUCAGCGAAGUGGCAGGCGCUGUAGCCGCAGGGCUUAUUGCUGAAGAGGGUGAGACGGUUUCUUCACUCCCAACCCUAAGCGGCUUGGAUGAUAGCAAUCUCAAUAUCAAUGGCGAUGACAGUCCAAAGAAACAGCCCGCGCCCGUGGGUGAGGAAGUGCGUAGGAGGGUAAAAGAAAGAAUAAAUUAA